AUGUCGGCGACGGGGCCCAUCAGUAACUAUUACGUGGACUCUCUCAUCUCUCACGACAAUGAAGACCUCCUAGCGUCCAGGUUUCCGGCCACCGGGGCUCACCCUGCCGCCGCCAGACCCAGCGGCUUGGUGCCGGACUGUAGCGAUUUUCCGUCCUGUAGCUUCGCGCCCAAGCCGGCAGUGUUCAGCACGUCGUGGGCGCCCGUGCCCUCACAGUCGUCCGUGGUCUAUCACCCGUACGGCCCCCAGCCCCACCUCGGCGCCGACACGCGCUACAUGCGGACUUGGCUCGAGCCGCUGUCCGGCGCCGUCUCCUUCCCCAGCUUCCCGGCCGGGGGCCGUCACUACGCCCUCAAGCCCGACGCCUACCCCGGGCGCCGCGCCGACUGCGGCCCAGGCGACGGCCGCAGCUACCCGGACUACAUGUACGGUUCGCCCGGGGAGCUGCGCGACCGCGCCCCGCAGACGCUGCCCUCGCCCGAGGCGGACGCGCUGGCCGGCAGCAAGCACAAAGAGGAGAAGGCCGACCUGGACCCUAGCAACCCCGUGGCCAACUGGAUCCAUGCCCGUUCCACAAGGAAGAAGCGUUGCCCCUACACCAAGUACCAGACGCUGGAACUGGAGAAGGAGUUUCUCUUCAAUAUGUAUUUAACCAGGGACCGACGAUACGAGGUGGCCCGUGUUCUCAAUCUCACUGAGCGGCAGGUCAAAAUCUGGUUUCAGAAUCGGAGGAUGAAGAUGAAAAAGAUGAAUAAGGAGAAAAGCGACAAGGAUCAAUCCUAAGCUUGCCCCAGCCUGCUGCCAACACAGCCAAGGAAAACACAAAACCCCACAGAAAUGUCCCAGCCUAGGCGGCAGAAAGCACGAAAAGAGAAGGAAAGAGCAAGACAGAGAAAAGCCCACCGUCUUAAAAAGAAAAAAAGGGAACUCUGCGAUGUGGGAGGGCUAAGGGCUGAGGAAUUGGUGUUAGAGGUAGUUCUAUCCAGCGACCAGGAGGCAGGAGAAACCGCAUUCUCUUCCCCCCAGCAAGCGAAAUAAAUGACACACA